AUGAAAGGAUAUCUACACUGUGUAUUAUUAAUAGCUACAUUAUUGGCUUGUUUUUAUACACCUGUUGUAGAGUGCCAAGGAUUACCACCUGCAGAAAUUGAUUCUGUUUAUUAUAUGAUUAAAUACCUUGGAUCUACUAUUCCACAAGUUGGUACUGAACUGUGUCAACAAACAACUUAUAUUCAAUGUUCAACCAUUACAGGUGAACUUCACAUUACAUCAAUAUCUAUUUAUGUAGAGGUGUAUAAUAAUGUUGGACAACCAAAUUUCAAUUUACAGCAAUUUGAACUGCCGUAUCUUCAAAGUUUGGUAUUGGUGAGUCGUGCCAACCAAGUAUUUGAUUCAUCAAAUAACUUGAAUGCAUUGAUUCAUAGAGUUAAUACUUUACCUGCUUUGGUUAGAUUAACAAUUCAAGGUGAUGUUGCCAUGCAAUCAAUCCCAAAUGAUUUUCCAAAAUUAUUACCAAGUCUUAGAGAAAUAUUUUUGGUUGAAAACAAAAAACUACGUUUAGUAGGAUCAUCAUUUUUCAAUAAUACAUCAUUGGAAACCAUUUAUAUCCGAACGGUUGAACAAAAUGUAUUGCAAGAUAUUCCGAUUGGUCAAUACCAUCGAUUACCAAAACUAAAGAAAUUGGUAGUCACUGUUAGUCCCACGGCAAGUAGUAGCGCCUAUUUGAACAGUGACACAACUCCAAAUUUAAUUUAUUUGGAUUUUGCUUUAAAUUCAACUGCAGCUUAUUCAUUGAAUUUUAAAGUGAUUAGAAAAAUGGAUCAAGUACAAGGAAGUUUAAUAAUGGUUAUGGAUGGACCAAAACCAAAAGAUUCUAUUGUUAAUUUGAAACUAAUUGGUAGUGCAACCCUUGCACCUGAUAAUAUGAAUGAAUAUAACAAUUUAAAAAAUUUAACUUAUGAAUCAAAUUCAUUAAAUGAUAUGCCGUUUGGAAGUGGAUUUUAUCCACCUUCACUUUCAAUAUUGGAAUUUCGAUCAAAUGAUCUUGUACUAUUUUUCCAAAAUACCAUACUCCCAAGCACAUUAUCUACCUUAAAUAUUGAUGAUUCAAAACUUACAGGAUCUUUACCAGUCAAUGUAUUUACAAAUGUUUUAAAAAAUGGAGAGUUUAAUUUAAUGUUAAAUAAUAACGAAAACCUAGUUGGAAUGGUACCCCCAGACUUAUGUUCACUUCGAUCACUUCAAAUUAAAAACACAGGCUUUAAUCAAGUACCCGAUUGUUUUUACUGUUAUUCUGAUAAUCCAACAAUUAUCCAAAUGGACUUACAAAUUCCACAGAAUUUUAUUUGUUCAAGUACAUUUGAUAAUCCAGAACCAUUUUAUGCAGCAAAUGGAUUGCUUGAAAAUCAAAGUGGACAAAACCUUGGAUGGGGUAAUCCAUUAGAUAAUGUUUUGGCAGUCAUUCCAAACAAGAGAAUAUCCUUUUUCAACAUUCCUCUUAACUCUACAUCGCUGACAUUUGAUUUAAAUCCAUCGUCGUCAGUCUCCAAUGUACAUACAAUCAGUAUAGUUGAUGCUACCGUUCAAUUCAUCAUCAGCAAUGGUGAAGUUGAUAUCAGCUCCAAGUAUAUCGGGUCACCAUCGCCUGCCUAUUUGGCCAUCAACAUUUCAAUGGACUAUGUCAAUCCAAGUCUCACACACGUUGUUAAAUUUGGUGUGAUACCCUCUACCAUCGAUUGUAUCAAUGUUCGUGUUACCUAUACCCAGGUAUCUUGCCAAAUAUUCACUAAAAUAGAUGCAGGAACCUAUAUGGUGUAUAUACAAAACCCAUAUGCAAUUACGGGCAAGAAUCUUAAAUUGGCCAUAGGUGCCCCUUACAAUUAUCCAGUUGUCUCGUCUGCACAACUCUCAACCAAUGCCUCUCAAUUGGAACUUUUUGGUUAUUUUGGGGAAACGCCUGCACUUGCCGAAAUUAGCUUUAACCAAACGAUCGGGUGUAACUCAUACCAUAUCAAUUCAUCGUAUCUUUCAUGUACCAUUGAUCCAACUAAAUUCCAGACACCAGGACCCAUUUCUUUAUCAGUGACUGUCGACUCUUCAAAUGUCAUCCUCAACAAUCUCCUCUACAUUCAAUAUCCGCCAUCAAUCAACUUAAAACAAAAAUGUAUUGAUGAAACACAAAAUUGUUAUGGUCAUGGUGAAUGUAAUGAUCAAGGUAUUUGUAUUUGUCAACAAGGUUAUCAAGAUAAUUGUAAAUUAAAAGUUGAACCAAAUGUAACAUUUGUAAAGAAUGAAACACAACCAACUGCUACUUUUCAAUUGAAUGAUGAUUAUAAAUUUGAAUUUUCAAUGGUAUCAAUUGAAGAGAUUGAUAGUGACAAUAAUAUUGUUAGUCAAUUAAUCACAAAUAAUUGGACAGUUUCAUAUGACAAUAGUACUACAUCUGUUGAUAGAUUAGUUUAUACACUUAGUCCAUCAUUAUUACAACCAUCGGUCACGAUUCAAACAACCAUAGAAUUUUCAAAUAUUUCAAGAUCCGUCUUGUUUGGAGACACUUUAUUAAAUGUAUCAGCCAAUUCAAUCAAGAUUGGUGUCAAUGUUACCAAUUGGAAUUUCCAAUCAUUCCUUACACAUCUUAGAAUCGUAUUUUCAACGACAUUGGAUGCAGAUCAACAAUCAUUUGUCGAGAAUUGUCAAGAGACACAAAUACCAAUUUUCUCAGACGACGAAGCAUCAACCGAAUCAUAUCUUAGAGUAAUCAAAGGAUCAACACAAUUCUAUGGCAGAUUCCUUUCUUAUUCCUAUUCAAAUGGUAGAAAGACAUUUACAAAGAAUGAAUUUAUCAACCAAACUCGUAUUGUUGGACAAGAACAAGAUGGUAACUUGUACACAGCCUACAUUGGUAUACAUGUACCUCAAUGUUCAUCAUGUUUACUCGAUCCUGAUUUCAGUGCUUUGGUUUCACCAAAGAAAGAAAAUACUGGACAAUGCGAUGAAGAAGACAAUUCUAUGGUUUGGAAAAUUGCGGUUGGUGCCAGUGUUGGUGGUGCCGUCUUUAUUGCAUUGGUUAUUGCAACUGUUCUAUUUUUAAAAGACAGUAAUUCAUUUAGAAUUAGAGUCAAUGCUGCUAAAAGCAUUAUGAUGAGAAAGAAAAAAGGUGUCGAACUCGAUUAA